GAUAUCUUAGGGGCCAGAAAUAUAGUUGCACAUCAUGUAUCGAGCCUGAUCUAUAAUGUCAAUAACAAUGUGGUUGAAGGUUUUAAUAACGUGAUUGCCAAGUACGUUGGUGGCAAAAGAAUCAACUUUUCUUUACGAGGAUCGUAUGGUGCUAGGUGUCAUACUGCAGUGACAUCGUUUAAUUUGGGAUCUGACUACAUUAGUCACUUACAUAAAAAAAUGACUAAUUUAAGUCCUGGUAUAAUAACAAAAAAAUAUAUUAAAAAAGUUGAUAAAAUGAGCGAAUUAUCAAGAAGACGGCGUUUAAAUUUAAAAAAACCGACAUUUACAAUGAAUAAGCGUAAAUUAUUUUCUGGACCCGAUGAUGAUUACGGAGCUGUGGAAUUGGGUUGCGAAAUAAUUGAUAUGCCUUUUGAUGAGUAUCAAAAUAAAAAGGAACUAUUUUUGCAAAAGAUUACAUUAAAAUCUGAAGAGAUAGUAGCGAUUGAACGAAGUACAAUUGGACAGCAAGAUAAUGAUAUGUGGCAACAAUAUAGAAAAUAUCGACUAACGGCGUCCAACUUUGGAAAGGUUUGUAAGCUUCGACCAACAACUUCCCGUGCAAAUACUGUAAAGCACAUUUUGUACGAUAUUUUUCAAGGAAGUUCAGCUACGAGGUAUGGAAUCGAAAAUGAGUCAAUUGCCAGAAACGCCGUUCAAGAAACUUUAGGAAUAACAAUACAAUUAUCAGGUUUAUUUAUUCAUAAAUCCCUGCAUUAUUUGGCUGCGAGUCCGGACAGGUUAAUAAACGAAGACUCGAUAAUAGAAAUAAAAUGUCCGUCGAGUAUAAAAGAAUACACACCACAGGAAGCGGUUACUCUGGAAAAAUUAAAGUAUAUGACCGAUUAUAAGGGGAAACUUGUUUUAAAAAAAAGGGACAAUUAUUAUUUCCAAGUACAGGGCCAACUUAAUAUUGCCGAAAAAAAAUAUUGUUAUUUUGUUGUAUGCAGUCCCAAAGGUUUUAUGAUAGAUAAAAUACCUAGAGAUGAAUCAUUUUGGAAUACAAAAAUUGAACCAUUUGUUACUCGAUUUUAUAUGGAGUCAUUACUUCCAGAAAUAAUCGAUUCUAGGUUUGAUCGAGGAUUACCAAUAAGACCAGGCAUUCCCGAAAAAAUUGUUUAAUUCUGUCACCUUUAGUUUUUAUUUUAUUUCUAAUACAUCUUGAUUUUUUUGUAUAUUUAUUUAUGUCUUGCUAUACAAGAAAUUUAAACAAGCAAAAAUUGCACACUUCUUAUAAGCUAAAAGCUUGUGUUGGAAUUAAUUAAUAAUUAAAUGUUAUAAA